GUCGGCCAAACACGUGCUGACAACCCCCCCUUUUUAUCGCACUCAUGCAUCACGCAUGAAUACGCCUCUGGUUAUCACAACCUGUUGGCUAUGGCCAAUCACGCGCCCAACAAAACCCUGGUUAUCGCAACCAAACAAUCCUCCAUUCUGGCUCAAUCUCGUGCCCACUCACUCUACGCAUUGUGUGUCGUGACACUUCUGCAAUCACGCAGCAAGCAGCGGCAGUUUGUUCAGCCAAAGCUUCGGAAUCCCUACUCGCAACAUGCAGCGUCAGCGCAACACGUGCAAGCAUCCCAGAAGUGCCCUUUACCUCCUCCCGAAGAAACAACGGGUAGUAACAAAAAGGUAUGCACUGAUCGUGCUCCUCUUGCUUCCAGGCCCCACCCAUGCUGUGCAGUAUGCUUGGGACAUCACUCGCACCGAAUUAUUGAGUGCGUGGCUGUCCGCACAUGGGACAAGCAACAUGAAACAUUCUCAGAGCGCAUCCGCAAGAGCCUGUGGACAAAGGAUGGGAAACAACUCUGCACCGCAUGGCAGCGCGAAGAAGGCUGCACCAUACCCAGACACGAUGCACGACACAUCUGUUUAGGAUGUGGAGACUCAUCCCAUGGAGCCCAGAAAUGUGCUCGAGCACAGAAAGCAGAACCCACUAACACCAUAUAAAGUAGAAGCUUGGGCGCAUGAGUUAGAUAAACUCGGACUCUCUGAACGCUUUGCAAAGAUACACGAAGGUCUCCGUACCGGUUUCAAAAUAGAUUUCCCCUCUGUCACUCAUGUACAAACCCCA